AUGUCAAAUAAUCCCUCCUCAAUUUCAACCUGGCACCAAGCUGCGACCGCAAACAUUCGCGCAUCCAUGUGAAAUUGCCGCAGCACUUCGGGUUCACUACCACUAUCAUGAGCUCAAGAUUGCUCUUCACCGCUUGAAGAUUCAUGUUACUCGCGACCAAUCCUCCUCCCAGUCGCCAUCAGACAUGGUUGAGAUGAUGAAUUCAGCACGGGCCGUGAUCGAUCUCACACGAGUCAUUUAUCAAGAGUCGUCCACCCCAUUUUUGUAGGUUAUUCCCUAUGCGGUACUUGUUUCCAUUGUUGUUGAUAUGUUCAGUAUCAUGAUCUUCAUGCCCCUCACGGCGUUGUUCAUCUUGUUCGACCUUGUCAUUCAUUAUCCGGCCCAUCACGAUGCUCGCAGUAAUCUAGUCUUACUUGAAAGUGUGACUGGCUAUUUUAGUGCGCUUGAGUAUGCUACUAGCGGAUAUCUACCAGGCUCUAUGUUGAUACAGUUUGCGUCGAUCGCGCGCGCAUUUCAUUCGUCUUCUCACACGGCUUAUGUAGAAGAUAUCAACAGUGGCAACAGCGGCAUGGGCAUCACCCUUGACCACCCCACGCCUGAAACGUUGGGCACAGGCUCAAGCACCAAUAGCCAGAUGCCCUGGGAGGUACCACCACAGCCGAUGAGCGAUGAAUCAUCUCAAAGGUCUUCAUAUUUUCCUUUAGAUAUAUCCAUGUUUGCAGAUAGCAGGAUCACUCCUGGUCUGGAGAUCAUGGACCUUUUUGGAGGCCCACUGCCUGGUGUUGAUUUCUUCUCUGCGUCAAAUUGAACCUUUAUAUAGAAGCUUGAUCUACUGCUCUCUUUGGA